AUGGAUAUUCAAUCGGUGCUGUUGAUGGACUCCGUGGGUGGAAAAAGUGUAGAGAUUCUGAAGACCCAUGGAUUUCAUGUCACCAUAAGAAAGUCUCUGUCUGAAGAGAGUCUGAUCGCUAAGAUACCAUACUACGAUGCGUUAGUCGUGAGAAAUAAAACUAAAGUUACCUUCAACGUGCUGAAGGCCGCUAAAGACCUGAAAGUGGUGGCUAGCGCUGGUGCGUACUGCAAAAACAUCGAUCUCUUUGCGGCUAUGCACCGAAAAAUAGGCGUUAUCAAUUCACCGACGACCGGCGAGGUGAGCAUGUGCGAAUUCACGUGUGGUAUGGUGUUGGCGCUUGCUCGGAGGAUGGUGGAGAUGCCUAACAAAUUGCUCGAUCUCCAUAACGUGCUGUACCUCGGCGGCGAGUUGAACGGCAAGAACCUCGCCUUAAUCGGUUUCAGCGAUGUUGGUAAACUCGUCGCAGAACGCAUGAAGGCCUUCGGGAUGACAAUAAUUGGCUGGGACCCGAAUGUCCCGGCGGAGAAAUUCGAAGACUUUGGAAUGACAAAGAUGGCUAUCGACGAUAUUUGGCCCAUUGCUGAUUACAUUGUGCUUUACACAGCUCCUUUUAAAAAUUCUUGCGCUUUUAUCGACUUUGAUAUGGUGAAAACAUGCAAGUGGGGCGUAAAAAUAGUGACAGUGGGUAAUAUCGACCAGAUCAACAUGCGUGAUUGGUUAAAAUUUGCGCACGAUGGACUCGUCUCGGGACAAGUAGGUGGAAAAGCGUUUGAUUUGUAUGAAGAAAAUGCUCGUAGUGUGAUGUCGAAAUAUGAGGUCUUUAAUCAUCCCAAUGUAUUAUGCACAGUGCAUCUUGGUGUGGAGACGGAGGAAGCAAUACAGCGUGGUGGACAGGAAGUGGCGGAACAGCUCGUGAACCUGGCCAAGCCCGGCACCUUCGACACUAAGUUGAAUAUCGUCGUGCCCUUUAACACGGAGAAAACAGAAGAUCGCGAGAUAUACAAAAACGAGCAUUUCGUUAUUUAA